AUGACAAAAAGAAAAUAUGAGGAAUUUACCUCUGAUCAGUCAUCCACAGAGAGCGAGGCACUCUCAUACCCGCAGUCUACGAUAUCGGACAUGCAUUCUGACGUUCCCAUUGAUCUUCCAUCAGCUGCAGACAUUUAUCUGGAGAGCUCGAUGCCAGAAAAUUACAACGAUGUGGAAGCGCCUGAAAAUGAAGAAAACGGAGACCUGCCGGUCAACAAAGAGGUGAUGGAAAACGAGGGCUACAAGCUGAAGAUCAAAAACUUGUUCGUUAAGUUUCUCAGCAAUUAUGGCGGAAGAAAGUACAUAAAGCUGAUUAAAACGAUGUGUGCUGAGAAUAGCGAAAGCUUGAUGGUCAGCUACACAGACAUGGAGAGUUUUGAUGACCUGCUGGUGAGGGUGCUUGUUGUAUGUGCCGAGCCUGCAAUUGAGGUGUUCGAUGAUGCACUCCGCGUAGUCGUGUUAGGCCUGUUCCCCAAUUACUUCAUGAUCCGCGUGCAGGUGCAUGUUCGUGUGGUCGAUGUGCCUGUGGUUGAGGAACUGAGAGAGCUGCGCAAUGAGAACUUGGGCUGCUUGGUGCGUAUACGCGGUAUUGUAACGAGGCGCAGCGGCGUUUUUCCGCGUUUGUUUCUGGCAAAAUUUAUCUGUGUGAAGUGUCGGUGCACCUUUGGUCCGUUUCUUCUCGAAGACGAUGUGGGAUUCCGUCCGCAAAACUGUCUUGAGUGCCAAAACAGGGGACCUUUCCUGAUAAAUGACGAAGAAACCGUGUACAGAGAUUUUCAGAAGAUGGCAAUACAGGAAAUACCGGGCACGGUACCUGCAGGCACGUUGCCGCGUAGCAAAGAUGUUCUUGUGUUCCACGAUCUAAUCGAUGUGGCAAAGCCUGGCGAUGAGAUCGAACUUACCGGCAUUUACAAGAACGGGGUGCUGAACGACACCGUUUUUACGACACACAUCAUUGCCAAUGCCAUUAUUAGGAAAGAAAGCAGCUGCGUGCUGACAAGAGAGGAUGAAAAAGAGAUAAAGAGGCUGGCAAGGAAUCCUCGAAUUGUGGAAGUUUUGAGCGAUGCAUUGGCACCGGAGAUUUGUGGUCAUCCCAGCGUAAAAAGGGCGUGUCUGUUGGCGCUUUUUGGCGGACAGCCGAAGGGCCGAGAGAAUGAAAACGUUAAGAACAGCUCGGCGCACAGAAUACGAGGAGAUAUCAACGUGCUUAUCAUGGGUGACCCUGGCACCGCCAAGUCACAGCUUUUAAGAAGUCUUGAGCGUGUUGCACCCCGUGCCGUGCUGGCUACAGGUCACGGCGCAAGCUCGGUUGGUCUCACAGCAAGUGUCAGAAAAGAUUCAAACAAUGAGUGGAUGCUUGAGGGUGGGGCACUAGUUCUCGCCGACAAUGGCAUUGUGCUUAUAGAUGAGUUUGAUAAGAUGCAGGAAAAUGAUCGGAGUGCGAUUCAUGAGGCAAUGGAGCAGCAGAGCAUUUCGGUGAGCAAGGCGGGAAUUGUUGCAUCGCUGAAUGCACGGUGUGCGGUUGUUGCGGCAGCUAAUCCACGAAAAGGACGAUAUAACAGUGCGCUCAGCUUAAAUGCAAAUGUCAACCUGAGCGAACCCAUUUUGAGCAGGUUUGACAUUUUGUGUGUUGUCAGGGAUGUGACUGAUCAGGUUGAAGAUGAGCGGAUCGCCUCGUUUCUUCUGAAGAGAAUACGCGAAAAGAGCACGGUAGCGGAUGAAUCGUUGGGGGAUCGAGGCGGAGCACUCGAUGAAAACGACGAGCAGGGGAAUCCAGGCAUCAAAGCCGAACAUACCUCAGCUCAGAGCAUCGGGCAAAAUCGACCAGUUAUUGAUGAUGAUUUAUUCAAGAAGUACCUUAUCUACGCUAAGCGGAUACACCCGCAGAUUAAGGAGAUAGACAAGGACAAGAUCAGCAAAUUGUAUGCUGAUCUGCGCAAAGAAAGCGAUAACAGCAUGCCGAUCACUGCAAGACAUAUUGAGAGCAUUGUGAGGAUCAGCGAGGCCCUAGCCCGGAUAAAGCUAUGUGAAUACGUGUGUAAGGAGGACAUCGAUACGGCUAUAAAGAUAACGCUCGACAGCUUCAUUUCAGCACAGAAGUACUCUGUGGUUAAGGCACUCCGUAAGAAAUUUGCGAAGUAUAUUAAUGAGAACGAUGAUUUCUUCGUGUAUCUGUUCAUAUUGAACGAAAUGUUCAACGACAAGAUCAGGUCGCUCAGGCAGGUGCCUAGCAACGUGGUUGUAGACAAGAACGAAUUUGAGAAGAGGGUGCGCGGGUUCGGCAUCAAGUUCAACUACAAGUUUUACAAGGAGGACGUGUUUGUGCGCGAGUAUAACCUUGCCAGCAACAGUAUAAGGAGAGAAAUUGUUUACUGAUGGUUUGCUGGUACUGACGAGUAAGAGGUACGCGCUCUAUGUACGAUCAUUGGUGUAAGGUCAAUGUGUGGAUGCGUUGGAGGUAGUGCGGCCUGUAAAACGGUUGUUCGCAGCUUUAUGUUCACUUUAAUAAAUGUUCUUUGAUUUUAGCCGGUCACACACCGCAAAUUUGUUCUAACGGGGAAGGUCAUUUUCCGUCCAUGAGUAUUUGCUAAUUUUUGGACAG